CCGAAGACAAAAUUUUUAAGUGUCAUAAUUUUUUUCAAAGAUUAAUACUCAUUGUUGUCCAUAUCCAGUUGUCCUGGCUUAUUGCCAACAAAAUUUCCCUUAGCCCCAUGGGGCCUGAGAUGUUCUAAGCUUUCAGAAGGACAGAAAUAAAUAAAAAAUAAAUAAGAGUAUUUUUCCUAACAAACAGGAGAAUCAACUGAAGUGGGCAUAUAUGAACUAUCUAGUUUCCCAAUUACUGACAAAUAAUUUUAACCUUGGACUGCCCUCCUUGCUAUCCAAGUACUGUAUUACUUGGCCUCUGUAUUAAUUUUCUAUUUGUUGAUAUAACAAACUACCACAAACAUAGUGGCUUAAAACAAUACAAUUUUUUUCUCUGACAGUUCUGUAGGUCAGAAGCCCAAUACCAGCUUACUAUGACCUGGAGACUCUAGGGAAGAGUGUUUCCUGGUUUCAUCCAGCUUCUAGAGGCGACCCAUAUUCCUUGGCUCAUGGACGCCUUCCUCCAUCUUCACAGUCAACAGCACAGCAUCUCUCAUAUCAUAUCAUAAUGAUGAGAGAUGGUUUUGGGAUGAAACUGUUCCACAUCAGAUCAUCAGGCAUUAGAUUUUCAUAGGUCACAUGCAACCCCAGCAUGUGCUCUUCACAGUAGGGUUCACGCUCCUGUGAGAAUCCAAUGCCAUGCUGAUCUGACAGAAGGCAGAGCUCAGGCAGUCAUGCUUGCCUGCUGCUCACCUUGCACAGUGUGGCCAGGUUUCCAACAGGUCAUGGACAGGCACCAGUCCUUGGCCUGGGGGUUGGGGAGUUUUGAGAACCAUGUUUCUAUCAGUUGUUAUGGCCCACUAUCUGCUCACUUGCUCUCUCCAUUUGCAUAGAUAAUUGACAUUUGACAUUUGGUAAGAUUUUCUUUAGUUUCUCUUCUGGAUAAACGUAUCAUUUUUGUAUGUUUUGUGAUACUUAGGACAUAAAGAUGUCAUCCAAGCCAACAAGCCACGCUGGAGUACAUGAAACUAUACCCAGCCCUUACCCACCAAGCAGCUUUCUGGCUUCUGGAUCUCAACAGCCUCUGGGUUCAAUCAACUCGGAAAACCAAGCCCAGGAUGCUCAGUAUGCUCAGCCCUGCUCUACCAGAUAUCCAGAAACCUCUGCUGGCAGUCAACUGGGUCAAGGAAAUACACGAAUGAUAAAUUCAAGUAUGGGAAUGGCAGUAAUAACCUUCAAAGAAGAAGCAAAGGCACUAGGGGUAAUCCAGAUCAUGAUUGGACUGAUGCACCUUGGUUUUGGAAUUAUUUUGGGUUUAAUAAGCUUCCUUUAUAAAAGCAAUUUAAGUUUUCUUUCUUUGGCUUUUGUUGGUGGAUACCCAUUCUGGGGUGGCCUUUCUUUCAUUAUCUCUGGCUCUCUCUCUAUAUUAGCACCCAAGGAGCUUUCUCCUUUUCUGCUGAGAAGCAGCCUGGGAAUGAACAUUACUAGUUCUAUCUUUGCCUUCAUUGGAGUGAUUCUGCUGCUGACAGACAUGUGCAUCAAUGGGGGAUAUUACCAAGAUUACUGGGCCGUGCUUUCUGGAAAAGGCAUUUCAGCCAUGCUGAUGAUCUUCUCCCUCUUGGAGUUCUUCACAGCUUGUGUCACAGCACAUUUUGCCUACCAAACAAUCACCAUCACCAACAUGUCUGUCCUGGCUGCUCCAACUGUGUAUGCAAACAACCCUUUUACACCAGAGUCUUCUUCAGCUCCUCCUAGAUACAACGACUACUCAACUUAUCCCCCUAGAUAUUAAAAGAAAAAGGGGCAUCAGUCUAAUUUCAUGGGGGAAAACUACUUGCACAAACUUCUUAAGAAGGUGUCUUUUAUUGUUCACAAUGAUUUCUAGACUUUAAAGACUGUGUUUGAGAUUUGUUUUUAGGUUGGUCGCUGAUAGCUCUGUCUCCCCUCUCGCUGUCUUCCUACAUUACCACUACUACAUGCUGGCAAAGGUGAGGGACCAGAGAGGAAUGAAGAAUGAUUCAGCAGCUCAAAAGUUACACAUUUUUCUGUUCAUGUUACUUUUUCCUUAAUAAAAUGUCAUUAGAAACAAAA